ACGUCCGCACUCCGGCGAGCCUAUAAAACCACACCGGCGACGCCAUUGCUAGCAACAGCCACCGCACCUCCACAGUUCACACUUGACAAAUCUGCUCUGUCGAGUGAGUGACUGAUCGGCAUACGGUAGCUGCUAAUUGAGCUAUGCUAGCAAUGGCGGCGCGGGGAACUGCAAGCGGCAGCACGGCGGUGGUCGUGGGCGUGCUGCUUGUCUGCGCAUUCCUCCAUGCGGGGGUGGCGGAGUCGGCGGAGUUCACCGUCGGCGACGGCGGCGGCUGGUCCGUCAACGCCGGCUCCUGGCCCAACGGCAAGCGCUUCAAGGGCCGCGACGUCCUUGUGUUCAACUACGACCCGACAGCGCACGACGUGGUGGCCGUGUCGGCGGAGGGGUACCGGGCGUGCGCCGCGCCGAGCGGCGCCAAGGUGUACAAGUCCGGGGCCGACCGCGUCACGCUCGCCCUCGGCCCAAACUACUUCAUCUCCAGCGUCCCCGGCGACUGCCAGGCCGGGAUGAAGAUCACCGUCACCGCCGCGAAGCAGGGCCGCAUCGGCGGAGCGUCCUAAUUCAGUCUACAUAUACCAAGUUCUCGGCCCAUGCGUUGAUUAUUAUCGUAAAAUAAAGGUGUACUGUACUACUCCCUCCGCUCCUAAAUAUAAGUCUUUUUAGAUGUUUCAAAUGGACUACAACAUCAUCCGUGCCUGUCGUGUUAUAUGGCAGGUUAUAUGUGUGUAAUGAUUUUGUACUCGUAUACAAUAAGCGAGCAAAAGGCAUGUGCCGAUUAUACUUUUGAUACAUGAAUCGUCAAUGCAGAUGUAGCCAAAGUUGGCCAA